CUAGAAUGUAUAUUGUGUGAAGAUCAUAUCUGGAUAACAUUAGAUCACAGGCUGCAAAUUCUUAGCUCAUAAGCAAUGCACUUGUGACUCCUUUUUCAGUAUUUUUUUUUUUAGAAGUGAUUUUAUUUUUUAUUUGUUUACUUUUUUAAAACACUGUUACAUUUAAGGACUUUCCUGCCAAAAGGAGAAAGCCCAAAAGGAAAAGCAGAGCAAGUAAGUAAUGACCAAUCCUUUUCUGAUGAUUGUCAUGGAGCCCCCUCCCACUGGCUAUAUUUGCAUAGAAGAAAUCACUGAAAACUCUUGUUUGCAGAGCAUCUGAUCAGUCUGUCCACUCCUGUGUAAGGUGGAGGGAGUCGGGCUCCUGGAAACCGCAUGCAGCCUCCGAAAGGCUGAGAGCUUUUUAUUUGUACUAGUGUAUCUGUCUCUCCUCGGGAGCUCAUCACUCAGUAGAGAGCGAAGCCCAUCACUCAGCAGAGAGAAACCCAAACUGGAGAACACUCACCCCAUCACUGAGAAGAAAGCAACCCAUAUUGUAGCACACUCACCCCAUCACUGAGAAGAGAGCAACCCAUAUUGUAGCACACUCACCCCAUCACUGAGAAGAGAGAAGCCCAUAUUGGAGCACACUUAGCUCAUCACUGAGAAGAGAGAAGCUCAGACUGGAGCACACUCAUCAGAGGAGAGGGAAGCUUACAGAGUAAUUCAUUUCUCCAGUCUCCCUAAGCUCCCUAAACAUGGAGAGCAGGUCCUACUACUUGCUGCUCCUUCUUCUCCUGGCUUCAGACUGCAUGGACUCUGUCAAAGGUCUCUUUCCCUUUGGGCAACCUGAAUUCUCCUACAAGAGGAGCAACUGCAAGCCCAUCCCUGCCACUCUACUCCUAUGUCACGACAUCGAGUACCCAAACAUGAGGCUGCCCAAUCUCCUGGGCCAUGAGACCAUGAAGGAGGUCUUGCAGCAGGCGUCUUCCUGGAUUCCCUUGGUCCAGAAGCAAUGUCACCGAGACACCAAGAAGUUCCUGUGCUCCCUCUUUGCUCCUGUCUGCAUUGAUGACUUGGACGAGACUAUUAAGCCCUGCCGCUCGCUGUGUGAACAGGUGAGGGACAGCUGUGCCCCAGUCAUGUCAGCAUUUGGCUUCCCAUGGCCAGAUAUGUUGGAGUGCAGCCGCUUCCCCCAGGACAAUGACCUGUGCAUCCCACCAGCCAGCAAUGACCAGGUGAUUCCAGCCACCAGAGAAGGUAAUGCCAGUCUUUAAUUAUUAUACUUUGUACUUAUUGUGUCAUCUAUACAUAUAUAUUUGUGAAAUAGACCAAUAGGCUGUCAGAUGAUCCAGGACUAGAUUAUAUUCUAAAAGAUAAACAAAUCUCUGGUAACUUAAUGGCAAUGUUCUCACAGAUUCCAAAGGGAAAAUUGCUCAAACGUUACCUAGUAAUUCUCUCUUGUAAUAUAAUCCAGCCCUUAAAAACAAAUAACUGGGCAUAAUUUAAGUAAUUCGCAUGGCAUUGCUAAACUUGUAAAUACUCAUUUAGAGGACAGGGUAUAGAGUACAGAAAUUCAAAUGAUUUUUGUACAUUUGUAAACAGUUUCCCUGUUUUGGAGGGUGGGGGGGGUUGUUUGUUUUUUGGCACAAGACAAAUAAUUAGCAUAUAUUCCUCAGGCUGUCUGCAUAUCUCAAUUUGCAAAGAUCUAUCAGGUUCUAAAUCGUGUUUCCUUUUGCUACAUAAAGGAAAUACCAAGUCAUUCAAUCUUUAUUGGAUCGGCGUCACGUGACUAGGCAACGAUGCUAAGGGAUACAUUUGUAAUUUACUUCAUAUGUUUUUAAUAAACAAAGAAGAUAAAUAGAGGUAUGAAAAUGAGAAGAACAUUUUUUGCUGCCUGAUAUGUUAACAGUUAGUGCCCUCAGCAAAGAAAGCCGUGUGCCAAAUAGCACGUUGGUGCUUUGUGCAGUACAGUUGUGUUGAUCAGAUAUCUUAUGAUGAUUGUUAGUACACAAAUAAUUUCAAAUGUCUAAUUGGGACUGAUAUUUUCCAUGUUCCAUAGAUCCAUACAGUCGGGUAACCAAUUCAACUCCAGAAUGGCACUAAUGUAUUUGAUGAAAAUCAUAUGGGUUACUUUGGUGUUUGAUAAAUGUUUACUUACUCUGUUUGCAAUGGGAGAAUUUUGUUAGACGUUUUUUGCAGAUACUUAAUUGCUCUUAAAAAAAUGUGGACAUUUGGGAUCAAUCCCAAAAAUUGCCUCCCUAUAGUCUUUAUGAAAAGUCCAAGAGAAAACAAAUUCCUGGUAUAUUCAAAGAAUGUUACCAAACUGUACUGCUUUGAAAUUCAUUAGCCAAAUGUGAUUGGAAAUUCAUUAGCCAAAAGUUAAGCCAAAAUAACUAAUCUGGAAAAAUUCUACAAUUAGGAGUUCAGUAAAUAGCCCUGCCUCACCAAAGUAAACUGCCACCUAUUUGCUCAGAUUUGUUGAAAAUUAAUUGACAUAGAGAGAAAUAAAAAUAUGUUCUUACAUUCAGAACUUUUUUAAGUCAUAAGAGCAUUUUAUUAGAUGAUGCUCAAAGAUGCUGUUGUGUAGACUUUAGAGCAACAUGUGCUGUAGCGCCACCUGCUGGUACGCAGAGCUCUCAAAAACUUGUCUUUUUUUUUUUUUUUACAGCACCAAAAGUUUGUGAUCCCUGCAUAAACACCAAUGAAGAUGAUAACGAUAUUGUAGAAAAUCUCUGCAAAAAUGAUUUUGGUAAGUAGCGCUAUAGAAAAAAAAAAUAUUGAUUUACUGUUCAUCAGUAGUUUCAAAAUUAGAACUGUGCCUUAUAAUUUGGAUUGAUUUGCAUAGCCUUAUGUGCACAUCAUUACAAGUUAGACAAACUACAUGUAAUUAGUAGUUCUUAACUAAUGUAUAAAGUAUAUGUUAUAUUUUUUGUAUAUUAAAGUAAUUUUUGCAGUAUAAGAGUAAAAUUUUACCUGUUCUGAGAUUGCCGCAUAGAAAACAUCCUAAAAACUAACUUAUCUAGAAAAAUACUAAAUAAUAUGAAAGUGGCAAAGUGUCUCUGUAUAGGCAAAAUAAUCACUCGAAUAUUUGUAAAACUUACAGCACAUUUCUAGUGCACACACACUGGUAUCCAAACAGUUAAUUGGAUUCCACAGUUUAAAAAAAAAAAAUGGUGAACAGUUUUUAGACUAUGUUAAUGCAAAGUGACUGACAGGCUGGGCAGUUUAUUUGGAUACAGGCUAUAUAACAUGCAAUUAGGAUGCAGACACGGACUUGAACAUUUUAUAAACAGCACAUUUCUACCUUUUCAGCGACCUCCUCCAUGAAUUAAGAAACAACAAAAAGAGGGCUUCUUGCCUAUGUUAGUCAGCUAGGUUUGAAAAUAGGAAAAUAUGGAAAUUUUAGUGACCCAAGGAAAGCAAUGUUAACCUCGCUGCUCCGUGGUUGAUUGAUGACUGUGCCUGUUGAUUGGAUAGACGUGACAGAUAUAAUAAGUUUCAGACUGAAUUACAGUGUAACUAUAACUGAAGCACAACUGUAGUUCAUAUUUAAAACAGAACCAUUAAAUUAAAAUAAGAUGCAUUUUAAUAUAUUUAUACAAAUGUACCCUUCCAAAUAUAACAAAAAUAUGUAUACAUUUCCACAAUCUUGAUGACAUUUACUACGGCGUAAAGUUGCAUGGCAGGAUUUCAGACACUCAAAAUGAUUUGGUUUAUGUUCCAUUUUCAUGGAAAUUGAGUUAUGAGUCUUGUUUUACUGUGUAUGAGUCAGAGGCCGAUCACAUUUUCCAAAACUUGGAGGGCAGAAUUUGUAAAUGCAUUGCUUAAUUUGCUGGAACCCUAUAGUUCAGCAUUUAGGGGUCCCCUGUGAAUAGUAGGGUAUCGUCAAUUAAACUUGCAAAUUUAGAUAAAAAAGGGUUUGCUGGAAACCCUGUUCUGGCUUUAAUUUUGAAGUUAUUACCAUGAUAUGCAACAGUAGUGUCUCUCUGAGUAUUGAAAUAUUGGGUAUUAUUAAUAAAAUUAAAAUAAACGGUGCUAUAUAAAUAAUAGUAAUUACAAUAAAAAAGAUAACACUGAAACAUUGAAAGAUUUUUAUUUUUAGGAUUGUGACUGAAUAUGUCACCACUGCAUUUAUAGCUCCUGCUUGUUUUGUGAUACCUUAAUUUGUAAAAAAAAAUAAAAAAUUUUAAAAAAAAAUAAUUUUUUUUUAAAAAUCACCUUCAAAUUUUUGAAGCGUUAAUAUAAAAAUACACACUGGCUAUCCAGCCAACAUUCAAAUAAAUAUUGUUUUGCUUUCAUUUGUUUUUAAUUUCAUCUUAGUUUUUUAGUGAUAACACUUAAUCAUGUUGAUAAUAUAUUACACUAAAGUAGCCAUUUUGAACAAAAUCUUCACCUUUAAAAAAAAAAAAACACCAAGGGUUAAUAAGAUUAUUAAAAAAAAAUUACACUUUUCUGUUACAGAUGACUUCUGCUUUUAUGUUAAUUUCAUGGCAGAAAAUAUACAAUUUUCUAAUUCUCCCUGACUUCUCGGCAACCAACAGAACAAAGAUGCAGACAAAGAUGUCUCAUCUCUUGUUAAGAUUUAGCAUUAAAAGUCAUAAUGUCUUUAUCAGUACUUCUCUUAUUUUUAUAAAAUAACAACAUAGUACAUACACACAUAUGCACAUAUACAGUUACAUGUCAUAUACAUCAAACUAUGCUUAUACCAAAACAACAUUUUAUCUCAAUUGAAAAAAGCAUAUGUUCUCAAAUACUAGGCCAUAAAUAUAGUCUGCCAAUAUAUCAGUUGAUGCUAGAUUUAGCUGGUUCUAAUCUAAUUUAAUAAAUAUAAUAGAUGGUGCAUAGAUGGCUUUAUAUGGAGAAUGCUAAUUUCAUGUGUAUUUAGGUAUUGUGCGUGUUGUCUGCUUAUUUCAGCAUUACUCUGUAACCCUUAUAGCAAAUGUGACCAUUUUUGUGUCUUUGCAACCCAUAUAAGUAUUUAAUUUAACCCCUUAAGGACCAAACUUCUGGAAUAAAAGGGAAUCAUGACAUGUCACACAUUUCAUGUGUCCUUAAGGGGUUAAAGUGAUAAAUUCAUAAUUUAACUGUGAGAUGGUGUCACAGAAAAAUCUUGUCACCUUAAAAUUCAAUUGUACUUACAUUGCAAAGACUUAACAAUGCUCAUCUUUAUGGUAAACACACAAUUAAAAAUACUGUAUUAAUCAUUACCUGUUUGUGUAUAUAAAACCAAAUAUGUGUGUAUUUAUGUUGAAAAAAAGGGUUUUAAGACUAGGGUUAGUAAUGAUCUUGUCAUGGUCCUCUCACCCUGUAGUUCAUAAACGCAUAUUGUGGUGCUCCUAAAAUGAAGUAGUUUUAUCUGUUCAGUAUUUACCAAUAUUUUCCCGAAUCCUCUACUAUUUGAGGAAGAAAAACAAUAGCUACAGACAUUACUGUGACUCAUUGAACGUUAUACACAAACACUUUCUGUUUAGCUCCAACCACCAAGUAAAGACAGACGGCAUUUUAACCCACCCAUACCUAACGCUCAGUGACCCAUAACCUGUAUACUUAUUACAAGCUGGUCUUGUUAUGGGGCACACCAUCCAUAACACACAGCUUGGCCUUUCUUCUUGGUGAUAAAGCUGAUUCAAUACAAUAAUUUAUUUUAUUUUUAACAUUUUUAAUCCUCUCCCAUUAAUCCGCUAAUUACAUAUUUAGUAGAAGAUGAAUAAACGGCAACAUAAAAUAAGAGGAAGUCUUAUUUUUAAAACAUCUAAUAAUAGAUUAAACUAUAAGUUCCUUGAAUAAAAAGUUCAAGAAAAACUAGGUGAAAAAAAAAGAGAUUGUCAGAAAAAAAUGUGCGGUUCAGACUAGGUCAAGCACAGCAAGAGGUAACACAUGGAUUUUGACAUAAAGUGACUUUGAUGGCCUUUGUGGUUUAAAAAUGGAGCCACCUGCUGUAAUUCUGUCAGGCCGUGACAGUUUCAUUAGCUACACAUCCCACCCCAUAUUGGCUUUUCUGUGUACUAAUGGCCUUGUCUCUCUCCAUUUCUGUCUAACCAACAACUUCUCACCCCACACCCCUCUUUUUACCCUCAUUAGCCCUGAAGAUAAAAGUGAAGGAGAUUGCCUACAUCAAUGGGGACACCAAGAUCAUCCCAGAAACAAAGAGCAAAACCAUUUACAAGCUGAACGGAGUGACAGAAAGAGAUCUGAAGAAAACAGUGCUAUGGCUUAAAGAUGGCCUGCAGUGUACCUGUGACGAAAUGAAUGACAUCAACGCUCCCUAUUUAGUGAUGGGACAAAAGCUUGGCGGGGAACUGGUCAUCACCUCAGUCAAGCGAUGGCAGAAAGGCCAACGGGAGUUUAAGAGGAUCUCGCGCAGCAUUCGCAAGCUACAGUGUUAAUUGGUUUGGUUCUUAACUCUUCCAGCACUGGGGCUAUUCUUUUUUUUAUGCACCUUCCUCCCUUUUGGGAACCCAUCCUUGAAAGAAAUGUAAUAAAAGGUGUGGGUUAAUGGCUUUUUUUUAUUAUUAUAAUUAUUAAUAUUGAACAAAAACAUUUCUGUAAAUAUAAUGAAAAUGAAAAAUGCAAAAUAAAAUAAAAAAUAUUUGUAUGAAGCCAAUUAAUUAAAAAUAAUUAUAGAUACAUAUUUACUCUGUGAAAAUUUGGUGACUUUUUCUACAUUUUUCUAGAACAGUACUGGUUAGAUAGCUUGUGUUUGCAAUGACAAAGUUUGCAAAUAAUUUUUAUGAAUCAUCCAUCAGCAAGAUGGAAAAUAUGUUUUUAAUGGAUUUAUAUAGAUAUAUAAUAAUUCUAUACAUAUCUGUGUAUAUAUACAUACAGCUGCUUUACAAAAUUACUUUUAUGUGCCAGAAUAAAUAUAAUCAGCAAAUUAUUGGUUGAUAAUACUGAGAAAUUAAAAAUAAAGCUGUAUAUGUAACGUGACAAGAUAUUGACCCAAUUUUCAAUCAAGGCAAACCGUUUUGAGUAUUCUAUUACUACCUAGUGGCGUGGUCCAAAAUAGCUAAAAUAGAAAGAUGCUUAAUGCUCAGCUGAUUUGAAGAUAUUUUUUUUUGACCCAAACAUGUCUGUCAACUAAGCAACUUUGGAAUGUCUAGCUCUAUGUUUAGUUAACAGACCUGCCUGACAUUGAAGGAAAAUUAGUAAGAAGUUAUUCCUUAAAUUUCAUAUCUGCUAAUAUACUAAUCUAAAUAAUAAUUUAAAAAAGUAAAUAAACACAUAAAAUAAAGAAGCUAAACCCAUCAGUAUGUUAGUGUGGAUGAAAAUAUGUGAAGAGGAGAUUAAUAUGCAGAAUCACAUGCCUAAGAGUUUUUUACCAACAAAAUUAGCAAUCUAUUUAGAAUUUUUUUUUAAAAUAUUUAAACUCAUUUGAUGUAAAAUUUUAAAAAAAAUAGUUUUGUUAGGAAUUGAACUUUAUGUUAAGUUGCUAUUUCACUAUCACAUGGAUCACGGAGUCCUGUAAAUCAUGGGUGGUCAAAACCAAAGGUCUCCAGCUGUUGCAUGACCACAAAUCAUAAGCUGCCUUACAAGCUGUAAAGAUAGCAAAGCAUCAUGGGAGUUGUUGUCCUACAACAGCUAAGGAUUUACUUCCAGCCCACUCCUGCUGUAAAGUUUUAUUUAUGUGAAAUAAAAAAUACACGGUACACAAUUAACUUUAUGGCAUUUCUUUUUAAUACUCUCAAGGUUUGUUUGCAGAUUUUACCAAUGUAUUUUGCAUUGAAAACGACAUAACCUGUGUUUAGUUUGUUUGUAAUAUAUGCAAUGAGGUACCUGAAAGAGUUGUAAAAUAUUGCUGUGAACAUUAUUGUAAAUAAAUAAAAUUAACACUAUAUAUUCUUGUAUAUAAAACAAACAGUAUGUUUGAAAUACACUUUCAUUAUUUUUAAAUAAGAAUUUUAUAUGUUAAAGGUUUUUCAGAGCUAUUUUAUCACUCAAAGCCCCAGUUGAUUUAACUGCAAUUGUUCUGCUUGUUUGUUG